CUAUUAGGUUGGGUCCAUUCUCUGGUCCAGGUUCGUUGUAACUUUCACAUAAGAAUCUAGCGCUCGGCGAGGGAGGAAGAAAUAGCUGUUGGCGGAAACGAGCAGUUGGUCGUCGUUGAACAGAGGGGAAAAGGCUUUUUGUCCUUCCCUUUCAUUUCCUCUUGUGCCUCCGCUUGCUACCCGAAAGAAAUGGCCGUCCAGGACCAAGAGGAGGCGGUUAACUACAAGAUUUCGCCGCCGAAUACAUAUGCAGCUGUUGUGCUCGGCGGCACCUUUGAUCGCCUCCACGAUGGUCACCGACUUUUCCUCAUGGCAGCAGCUGAGCUUGCAAGGGAAAGGGUUGUGGUAGGAGUUUGCGAUGGCCCUAUGCUUACCAACAAGCAGUUCGCUGACUUGAUACAGCCUGUGGAGGAAAGGAUGCAGAAUGUUGAGAACUAUAUUAAGUCCGUCAAGCCAGAACUCAUGGUGCAAGCUGAACCAAUAAUGGAUCCAUAUGGACCUUCGAUUGUUGUCGAAGAUUUGGAAGCGAUAGUGGUUAGCAAAGAGACAGUGCCAGGCGGUCUGGCAGUUAACAGGAAGAGAACUGAAAAGGGAUUUUCACAGCUAAAGGUUGAAGUCGUGGAACUUGUUUCUGAAGAAUCUAGUGGUCAAAAGCUGAGUUCCUCAACAUUGAGGCGCCUCGAUGCUGAGAAGUCAAAACUACCAGACAGCAUAGAAUAGAUAGAGAAGACCCUAAUCAGUCGUCCUAAAACUUUGCAAGCUGAUCCAUGUUCUCAUCAAUAGCCAUUGGCAGCGUUUUUUAGGGGUUCAGGCUUGGUGCUGCUCUGGCGACAUAGCAUGAGCAAAGCCAUGUCGUCAUAACAUUGUGUUGAUAUCUACAGCUGUCUCCCCGCCUCCCCUAAAACUGCAAACCCUUUUUAGUUUAUGUUCAGGAUAAUGUCAAAUAAGUCGAGUGUUGUAAGUUGUAACACUGAUAAUGUUGUUAUGGGAGCGACUCAAACGGCUUCGUCACCUACUCUAUGAUUGGAGUAGGGCGGGCACUACAAACUCCCUUCGGAAUAUCAAAACCCCCCAGGCGGAGAUUGAGCGGGUCAAGUUGAUACAUCCAAUUGAUUGGAAUGAGGUUAGAAAUCUCGAGAUUGAGCUUAAUCGUCAAUGGGAGGCGGAGGAAAUAUACUGGCAACAAAAAUCCAGGGUCCGGUGGCUGAAGAAGGGGGAUCAAAACUCCUCCUAUUUCCAUACGGUUACUCGUGCUAGGAGAAAGCGGAAUUUUGUUGCUGGUCUCCGUAGUGAUACUGGUGACUGGGUCACUGAGGAGCCUGGCAAAGCAGCCAUUGCCAUGGACUUUUACCAAUCGCUCUUCACCUCCGAAUAUCAAAACCCUAAUAUGGCUGAGCGGGUCGACAAUAUCCCCAUUUUGCAUAGUAUUACACCUGUGAUGAACGCUGCCUUGACGGCCGAAGUCUUACCUAGUGAAGUCCGGAAAACCGUGUUCUCCAUGGGGUCUAAACAAGCCUCGGGAUCUGAU